CACAUGGAGUUAGCUUAGUUUUGUUGUCAACCAAACCCUGUCUUCUUCUUCUUCUUUCCAUUCUUUCUUCAUUCAUUCACUUCUCUAACAAACUCUCUCUGUGUUCUGUUGUGUUGUGUAACUGUGUUCCUCAUUCCCCCAAAUCUAAAUGAAAACCCUACUUUCUCUCUCUACCCUCCUCCUAUGGUUCUCUCUCCUCUCCCCCACCACCACCGCAGACGACGGCGCGUUCAUGUCAAACCUUGCAAAAGCGCUGACUCCAACUCCCUCAGGGUGGUCGUCGUCGAGCUCAUUCUGCGACUGGUCCGGCGUGAAAUGCGACUCCGGCCGCGUCACCGUCAUCGACCUCCGCUCCAACUCACUCACCGGAACACUCCCUACCGAUCUGAACUCGCUCACUCAGCUCAACACGCUCUCUCUCAGAAACAAUCUCCUCACCGGCGCGUUUCCCUCACUCGCCAACCUCACACUCCUCAAAACUGUUUACCUCGACACCAACAACUUCACCUCCGUCCCUGAUGGUUGCUUCUUCGGUCUCACGAGCUUGCAGCAGCUCAGCAUGACCGACAACAUCAACCUCAAGCCAUGGACGAUUCCUGCUGAGUUGACUCAGUCCACCAACCUCGUUGAACUGGAUCUCGGAAAUGCCAACCUCGUUGGUUCGUUACCGGACAUUUUCAGCUCCUUGGUCAGCUUGCAGAGUCUCCGCCUCUCCUACAACAACCUCACCGGCGAGUUGCCGCAAUCGUUAUCCGGAUCCGGGGUUCAGUUCGUGUGGCUCAACAACCAGAACGAUGGGUUUGGGUUUACUGGUUCGAUUGACGUGCUUGGUUCAAUGACCCAUUUGACUCAGGUGUGGCUACAGAAGAAUCAGUUCACUGGUGCGAUUCCUGAUCUCACGAACUGCACUGGUUUGUUUGAUCUGCAGCUCCGGGAUAACAAGCUGACAGGUGUGGUUCCGUCUUCGUUGAUGGGUCUUGCUAGCUUGAAGAAUGUUUCGUUGGAUAACAACAAGCUUCAGGGUCCUUUUCCUUCGUUUGGGAAAGGAGUGAAGAACACUCUUGAUGGGAUUAACAGCUUCUGUCAAUCUAGUCCUGGACCUUGUGACCCACGGGUUACGACUUUGCUUGAUGUUGCUGCGGGUUUUGGGUAUCCGUAUCGGUUGGCGAGUUCAUGGGGUGGGAAUGAUCCUUGUAAGGAUUGGAGCUUUGUGGUGUGUGCUGGGGGGAAGAUUGUUACGGUGAAUUUGGAGAAGCAGAACUUGACAGGGAUUAUUUCACCUGCAUUUGCCAAGUUAACUGAUCUGAGGAAAUUGUAUCUUGGUGGUAACAAUUUGAGUGGCUCCAUACCUGGAAGCUUGACGGGUUUAGCUCAGCUCGAGGUUCUGGAUGUGUCUGAUAACAAUCUCUCUGGAGAGAUUCCCGAGUUCCCGGGUGACAAGGUGAAGUUCAAUUAUGCAGGGAAUGUUUUGCUUAGGAGUUCUGGAGGCAGUGGUGGUGGUGCAGGCGGUGGAACCACUCCCUCCGCUGAUGCACCAAGUGGAAGUCGGUCUGGAAAGGCAAGUGGGUCUUCCCUCUCACCGGCGUGGAUCGCGGGUAUUGCCAUUAUUGCAGUGUUCUUUGUUGCGGUUGUGUUGUUUGUGUUUUGUAAGUGUUAUGCCAGAAACCGGCAUGGGAAAUUCGGUAGGGUUGAUAAUCUUGAAAAUGGAAAAGGCAACGUGAAAAUUGAUAUGGUGAGUGUCUCGAAUUCCAAUGGAUAUGGCGGAGGUGGGGUUGCGAGUGAGUUACAGAGCCAGGCCAGUGAGCCUAGUGACCGUCAAUUUUUUGAGGGUGGAAAUGUUACUAUUUCAAUCCAAGUUCUCCGGCAAGUUACCGAUAAUUUCAGCCAAGAUAACAUUUUAGGGAGGGGAGGAUUUGGAGUUGUUUAUAAAGGGGAAUUGCAUGACGGAACUCAAAUUGCUGUGAAGAGGAUGGAAUCUGGUCCAAUGGGAAGUAAGGGAAUGAAUGAGUUCCAAGCAGAGAUUGCGGUGCUGACUAAAGUUAGGCAUAGACAUUUGGUUGCUCUGUUAGGAUACUGCGUGAAUGGCAAUGAAAGGCUUUUGGUGUAUGAGUACAUGCCACAAGGGACUUUAACACAACAUCUGUUUGAUUGGGGUGAAAAUGGCUGUGCUCCUUUGACUUGGAAGCAAAGGGUAGCAAUAGCUUUGGAUGUUGCAAGGGGAGUGGAAUACUUGCACAGCUUAGCUCAGCAGAGCUUCAUUCACAGGGACUUGAAGCCCUCAAACAUCCUAUUGGGUGAUGACAUGAGAGCAAAGGUUGCAGAUUUUGGGUUGGUUAAAAAUGCACCUGAUGGAAAGUAUUCGGUCGAGACACGUUUAGCUGGAACAUUUGGAUAUCUGGCACCUGAAUAUGCAGCUACGGGAAGAGUGACAACCAAAGUAGAUGUUUACGCAUUCGGAGUAGUUCUGAUGGAACUAAUCACUGGUAGAAAGGCAUUGGAUGAUACUGUGCCUGAUGAAAGGUCACACCUGGUUUCAUGGUUCCGAAGGGUGCUAGUUAACAAGGAGAACAUCCCUAAGGCAAUUGAUCAAACACUGAACCCGGAUGAAGAAACCAUGGAGAGCAUAUACAAAGUGGCUGAGCUAGCAGGCCAUUGCACUGCUCGGGAACCAUACCAAAGGCCAGAUAUGGGUCAUGCAGUGAAUGUCCUGGUUCCUAUGGUAGAGCAAUGGAAGCCUACAAGCCAUGAAGAAGAAGAAGGUGAUGGCAUUGACCUUCACAUGAGCCUUCCUCAAGCUCUGAGAAGAUGGCAAGCCAAUGAAGGCACUUCCACAAUGUUUGAUGACAUGUCCUUCUCACAAACUCAAUCUAGCAUUCCUGCUAAACCUUCAGGAUUUUCAGACUCCUUUGAUUCACUGGAUUGCCGGUAAUAAAAACCAAAUAAAAUAGAGACCACGUUUAAUUGUAUCACAAGUUAAUUUUUUUUUUUUUAAAUGAUGAUUUUUUGUGUUCUUGCAAUUUCUUGUUGUACAAGUCUGAUGUCAUUUAUUGAUUUUUUAAAGCUAGUGUAUUGGUUUAGUGGAUGGUUGGGUUCUUAGAUGGGGAAAUUAUAGUGUAAAUACAUACAUUCCUUUGAGCAUUGUUUGUGCUGUUGUCUAAUUAAAAAUUUAGUUAUGCACUUUCAGACA